AUGCCUCCAAAGAAGAAAUAUAUUCCCAAGGCCAGGAAGGCAGAGCUGGUGUUCCUUGAGAGACCACAGGAGAGACCCAUCCAUUGCUAUGCAGCUCCGCUGCCUUCAGCCAAGAAUCCAAGACGUGUUCCUACAAAGCCUGUAGACCAAAACACUUCUGCUGCCUGGGUGUGCCCACAAUUUGAAACAACUAAGUCAGUGGUGCUGAAAGCAUGCCAGAAGAAGCAUCGUGGCCUUCACAAACCCCAGAAUCAGGAUGGCAACUACAGUUUACUUCAUGCAGGAGGAGCCGGAAGAAGAGCCUGCAGAUUUCCACCUUUAACUUUUGAGAAUCCAGAAGGACAUGCAGUCUGCCCCUCUGGUAGUCCGACUUGCUUGAGGAAGAACCCAUGGCACUCUUGCAGGCAGCCCAAGAAAGGGGCAGCAACAGAAGCCAACGUCCAGGUGAACGCUUCAGGGAACUGUACAGAAACACCUCUGUUCCCGGCUCCCCAGGAUGUGGAGCCACAAGUCUUUGGUCCACCAGAUGCAGAGACUGCACAGGUGCUGUCCGUGAGGAACUGGCGAAGCAGCAGCACCCCGGCACAAGUAACCAGCCAUGCCUGGCAUCCAGAAGAAGCGCUGGCGUUUGGCGUGGAUCCCGGCGGGAGCAGGGAGCCGGCAGCAGUGCUGGUUACAGACACGCCUGAGCAGGAGUACGGAGUGAAGGUUACCUGGAGACGGCGCCCUCACCUGAUGAAACACCUGCGGGAGAGAGGGAAGCUGAGCGCCGCCGAAAUCCUGGUGAAGGCGACCCCCUUCUCUCCAGGAGAGCCCCCGUCUCUCCAGGAGACACCCUGA